AUGGCAGAAUAUGAAGCUUGUAUCACCAGAAUGGAAGCUCUCCAAGAGUUAGGGAUAAAGGAAGCAGAGAUCUCUGGAGACUCAACCUUGGUUAUAGCCCAAGCACAUAAAUUAUGGAAGGGCAUAGAUGUGAUUGGAAGGUUAGUCCCAAAGGCUUCGAAUGGACACGAGUACAUCCUAGAGGCAAUUGACUACUUCACCAAGUGGGUGGAAACAGCCUCAUACUUUGUAUUGAAAGCCAAGCAUGUGGCUCGGUUUAUAGAAAAUAACAUCAUUUGCCGGUACGAGGUACCACAAGAGAUCAUCUCAGAUAAUGGCUCCCACUUUGAGGGAGAGGUUCGAAGGAUCAUGGAAUUGUACAAGGUUAAGCAUCACAAGUCUUCAUCAUACCAACCACAGACUAAUGGGGUCGUAGAAGCAGCCAAUAAGAACAUCAAUAACAUCCUAGCCAAGAUGGUGGUGACAUACAAAGACUGGGCCGAAAAACUUCCAUUUGCUUUAUGGGGUUACAAAACUUCUAUCCGUGCAUCAACUGGGGUAAUCCCUUACUCUUUGGUCAAUGGAUGUGAGGAGGUCCUUCCCAUUAAGGUAGAGAUACAAUCUUUGAGAGUGCUAGUAGAAACCAAGGUCUUAAAGGAAGAUUGGAUGAAAGAAAGCUAUGAACAAUUGGCUUUGAUAGAUGAAAAAAUAGGUAGGAUGCAAUACCAUGCACAAGGGUACAAGAAGAGGGUUGCUAGAGCAUUCAACAAAAAAGUGAAACCUAGAAACCUUAAGGAAGGGGACUUGGUCCUAAAGUGUUUAGAGAUGAAACUUUUAAUCCAAGGGGGAAGAUGA